GUUUUUGACUUUUCUUCUUUUUGUAUCGUUUUACUGUUAUGCAUCCACCAAUUCUUUAUUGCUGUUGUUUUAUUUCUUUUUGCCAUUGCUCAUUUUUCUUUUAGGAAAUCUGUUUAGGACCAGUACAGACGCCACUGUUUAUCAAGAUCUCGGAGCAGAAGGAUUAAUAAUAAUCCUGCCAAUUUUACACCAUGGUUGUCCCAGAGUCACAAGAUGAGCAACUACCACCAAGUGGCUCUGUGGGCAGAGGCACCAGCCAGCAGUAUGGAUCCAACCUGUCUACAUCUCAACACUCUGGAGGUCCCCAACAUUUUAGCUCUAGUGGGCAUAUUUCAGCUGUCAACACCAGUCUCCAUAAUGAGCCACAGGAUUAUACUGAGACGGACUUUCUGCUCCCGAAUCAACUCUAUGGUAGGUCAAGGUUCAGUGGAUCUUUGAGCCCAAAGGAUGCAGGUGGCUCUGGUGCACCUGCCGAGUCAGUCUGUUCCAUGGUGCUUCAGAUCCUGGUGCCAUUUCUUCUGGCUGGGCUCGGGACUGUGUCUGCUGGGGUGCUGCUGGAAGUGGUUCAGAACUGGGUCGUGUUCCAAGAAGUCGCCGAGCUCUUCAUCCUGGUGACUGCGAUAUUAGGCAUGAAAGGAAACCUGGAAAUGACCCUGGCCUCGAGACUCUCGACUGCUGUGAACGCAGGAAAAAUGGAACAUGCCAGAGAAAAGUGGAUGUUGAUCGUUGGGAACCUGGCGCUAAAGCAGCUCCAAGCCACAGUGCUCGGCCUGUUAGCCGCUCUGAUGGCGACUGUGUUGGGCUGGAUAGUAGAGGGAAAGAUGCCCUUACACCAUGUGAUGCUCCUGGUUUCAACCAGUGUUUCUACCGCCUUUGUGGCUUCUCUUCUGCAAGGUAUUAUUAUGGUGGGAGUGAUCAUUGGAUCCAAGCGGAUGGGAUUCAACCCUGACAACGUGGCUACACCAAUGGCUGCCAGCUUUGGGGAUCUCAUCACUCUUGCUUUGCUGGCCUGCUUCAGUCGUUGGUUCUACUCCCUUAUAGAUCUGUAUCCCCAUGUGUUGUACCUGGUGGUUCUGUUGCUGUUGUGCCUGACUCCUCUUUGGGUGGUCAUCUCGUCCAAACAUCCAGCCAGUUGCAUCCUGCUCCGCACAGGCUGGGAACCCAUCAUUACAGCCAUGUUCAUCAGCAGGUUGGAAGUGGAAUUUUCCAUAACCGAUGUCUCAUUUAAAUUACAGAUCCGCUACCAGAUCUCGCGUAGUGCGAGCAUGCACGCACGCACACACGCAUGCACGCACACUCUAACGUUCAGGUUUGUCAUGGCAGGAGCAAAUCAUCGAUCUGCUCAGAUUCUGCUUCUCUUGGUGAUCCCUGGUCAGCUCGUCUUCUUACUCACUAUUCACCUGAUGAAAGGAGGCAACUCUUUGCCCAGUCCUCUACUGACUGUCGCCUUCUUGUCCGCUUCCCUGAUUCAGGUCUUCUCCUUGCUGUGCUUAGCUGACUGUAUCGUCCACUGUCUCUGGCGGAGGGGUAAAGACCCCGACAGUUACUCAAUACCCUACCUCACAGCCCUCGGAGACCUACUAGGUACUGGUCUCCUCUCUCUUGCCUUUGUCAUGCUGUGGUACGUUGGUGACUCAGGCCAUGUAUAGGUUCUAAGCAAGAGACGGUUUGAAGAAGAACAAAGGUGCCUACAUCUUAGCUAGCUAUACAGUUUCCUGCCUUACUGAAUGUUUACCAAAGCAGUCAUUGCUGUUUCUGUUCCCUAGCAACUUGCCAAAGACAUGGAUGCACACAACAGAGCUUAAGAGGCUCAUACAGCUCCAGUACAGUUUUUAAUGGUAGCACACUUUUUUAGGUUUUUAGGACCAAGUUUGUUUUACUUUUUACUCAUUACAUGUCAUUUUUAUAAAUUUUUGGACAAUAAACAAAAGGAAAUGAAAGUAGGUCUAUCCCCUAAUUUACAAUGUAUUUCAGUCAAUAUUGUAAAUGUUGUGUAUCUCAGUUGAAUUUGUAGUGGGUAUACAGACAUUCUUAUUGUGCUUGUGGUGUACAGCAUCCAACAUAGCACACAACUGGGUACAGCAAAUGCUGAUUAGAUCACUUCUUGUUUUCUAUUGACAAAAGAAGGACCAAAUGCUUAACUGACUGUAUGAUUUUAAUCGGUAGAACGGGAAAUGUAAGAUGUCCACUUGAUCUUCUGAAUUUGUAGGCUAUUUUAACAAUUUUUUGUAAGUGAAAAAGGUUGUUGUUCCUUAAGCGAAGGGUUGUUUAUUGACACAGAAAGCGGAAGGUGAGGGACAGACAGUUAUACUGGAAAUGUACUCCAGUUUAUCCAGACUACUGACAGGGUGAUGCAGGGCCCGAAUCUGAAGGAUGGCGAUGCUCUUUUAUACUUAGCGAAUGUCUGUCAGCAGACCGCAGAAUAAUGAGAAUCAAGAAUUUAUUAAAGCUGUGUAAUAAAUUUAUUUAAUAUAGCACUUUUACAGAACAGUCACUAAGUGAUUCAGAAGAGUAAAAUAGUUACAAAUGUGGCAAA